UCGGAUUAUUCAGAUAGAUAUAAUCGAUUUUGAAAUUUACAUCAUCAACCAAAAGCCAGUGAAAGUCUUUUGUGCAAUGACACUGGUAGAUUCCAACAUCGUUAUGCAUUGGAUAUUUGUAUAUCUCUCAGCUGGUCUUUCCAUAUGCCUUUCAACGAAUGUCACUGUAUUAAGAAUAGCAACAGGUGCCAGUUUUGGAAUAUACGACUUCUAUCUUCACGAAACAUUAUUCGGCGGAUUUCCCAAUUCAUCCUCACAACAAUUUAAGUCUGAAAUCAUCAACGACUGGGAAACGACAAACAUUCAGGAGGUAACCAUAAAAAUCUACACAGAGGAAAAUAUUACUGCGUUUUUUGUGUUCGACGGCAGAAAUACCCACAAAACCAACUGGAUGUCAAAAGAGCGAUUCAAAGGUUCUUCAUACACCGAUCUCACAACUAGUACAGUCGAUUCUCUGGGAUAUUUACAAAUAAGCUUUCAGUCCGUCAAGGCAAAUAGAAGAUUCUAUAUAGCUUAUCCUCACAAUGGAUGUAAUGGGGACACUGGAUGGCUUCUUGUCAAAGAGUCCGUAUUAACUAAACCCUGCAAAGUGGAUCAAGUGUCUGAAACAACUAUCUGGUACAGUGGUUCGACGAAAAAGGAUUAUUUCAAUAAUUACCUUAUAGCAGAUUUAAUGACUGUAGAAGUCAAUAUAGAUGUAACGUGCGACGACAGAGAUUUGCGAAUCGACAACGCCGUUUACAACGUGACAGGAAAUCAAUUCAACGACUCUGUUAAGUAUAGGUGUCUGGGUGGUUUCAAUCAUACAUCCGGGGAUCUGUACAGACAAUGCAAUCACCUGGGACACUGGACAGGAACAUCUCCUACGUGCAGUGCCGUGUGUGACAUAACAAGCUUGCAUAUCGACAACGCAAAUUACACAAAAACAGGAAACCUGUACAACGACUCUGUUACGUAUAGAUGUCUGGAAGGUUCCAAUCAUACCUCCGGGGAUCUGUACAGACGAUGCAAUCACCUGGGAAACUGGACAGGAACAAGUCCUACUUGUACCAGACCGUGCCAUUGUCCAUGUGGAUCCAAUGAAUACAUUAAAGUUAAUGACACAGAGGCAUUACAAGCCAGACUGGAGGAAAUAAAAUCCAAGCUCUCUAUAAAGGCAAACGAAACUUCUAAAGCUCGGCGUUCAAAAGUAUGUGCAAUGGAUGAGCGUACAUCAGCGAAAGCAGUCGGGAGUAUCCUAGGUGGACUGCUUAUCGGAAGUUUUGUAUUAUUCAUUAUUGCAAGUGAUGUACCGUUGCUCCUACGUGAAAUCAAGAAAGGAUAUAGAAACAUAAGGUCUUAAAUAGCAAAUAAACAUCUGUUACAGGAUCUUCCUUAUUACAGGUGGUUUAUAAAUGGAGACAUAAUGCUAACUAUCUUUACAUUUAAUUGUUUUAUAUUGUUUUAAGUCAAUUGUACACCGUCUGUACACCGUCUAUGACCUGUGUCAUAAAAUUCUGAUUCAAUGUGAUCAUAAAUAAUAGUAUCAAUAGAAGAAAGCAAAAUUUGAAUGACACUUACACCAAUAAAACACAUAUGUAAAAAAUAACAAAGCUCAAGCUUUGUUUACAAAACAAGGAAUAUUAAAUUCUUUUUCUUUCUUUUAACUCAGUAUUUGACUUUCAAAUUUUGACAAAGCAUUAAAAAUACCAAUAUCAACCAUUCAAAAUAUUGAAAAUGGAAAAAUUAAAUUUUGAAUUUUAAGCUCAAAUCGUGUCUAAGUCCCUUUAACUGUCACCUGAGUAGCAUAUAACCCAUAAACAAACUUGUCAAGGAGUCUCUUAAAUGCAUUUAAUUAAUUAGGUUUCAUUCUGGAGUAGAAAAAUUAUAAAUUUGUAACGACGACCACAUUUCCCCCUGAAAUCUUUCAAAAAGAACUGUGAAACCUAUAAUUUUGGCGAAAAACUUAAAGAUCUGGUCUGCAAAAUCAUGAUUUCAGUUUUCCUUUCGGGUGUGUGGGAGUUAAGAAGAUAUUUUUAACAUUAUAUGCAUUAACACCUAUGCAUACAUUUUGCCCUAGAGUCAAAACCCAUACACCAGGGGACAUGAAAAUUAAAAUUUCAGUAGAGGACUUCCUGGUAAACUUAAUUAUAAGUCAGUUUUUUGUACAGAUGUGUGAGGAUUGAGAAGAAAAUUUUAAACAUCACAUGCAUUAACAUAAUAUUGCCAUAUUGCCCCUCCCCCCCCCCCCCUCACUCA